CGUGCGGACUUCUCCAGAUCGGGACAGUCUGUAACCAUAUCUACUUUCACAGCAACGCAAAAAGUUUCAAAAGGUUCAUCAUGGGAAACAGGUUCAGCAGAAGGCGGGACGUCCCACUCAACACUGCUGAAACUGCUGCUACUGCACAGGAGGCUGCAGAGAAGCCAGCGACUACACAACCAGAAGACUCUGGGAUGACAGCAACUCAGGAGGCUGUUCAGACAGAAAAUCUAGAUGUGGUGUUGGGCCAGCCAACUACACCAGUGGCAUGUUUACCCACUGAAGAAUGUGUGGCAGAGUGUAAAGAGGCAGAGGCUCCAGCUGCCCCAGCCCCACUGAAUGAUGCAGAGCCAGAGUCUGAGGCAAAGGAAACCCCAGCCCCAGAUCAACCAGAGCUUCUGGUCUCAAUCAGCAAACCCUCACCUCCAGAACCAGAGCCUGUUGCAGAACAACCACCUGUUGCAGAAGCUCAGCUUGCUGCAGAACCAGCCCCAGAACCUGUGCAAGAACCAGAGCCAACCUCAAAUCCUGAAGCAGGUGUUGAAGCUGUCCCCGAGCCAACCUUAGAGCCAGAACCAGCUCCAGCUGUGACUCUGGAGCAGGAGACAGACCUGCUUACCCAAGAGUCUCUCCCUGAGCCAGUGAUUUGUCCACCUGCUUUGGUCGACUUGGGUGCCCCUGAUGUCACUCCCCAACUUAUCGACACUCUUCCCGCCCCAGAUCCCAUCCCCGUCUCAGUCAAUACAGAUGAGCUCUCAGACAUCCCGGCAAGUGAGGAAUUCCAAGAUGAUACUGAGGCUACUGUGAUUUCCACUUUUGAGCCAGAAAAGUCUGAAGAAACAUCAGAAUCUCUGGAAAUGCAGAUGGAGGCGGAGGCUGCAGGGAACUUGGAGCAGAUUGUGAGUGAUGUCAACGAAGAAAGUGUUAGUGGACUCCUAAAGCACUUAGAGCUGACAGGAAAUGACCUUGUCACUGACCUCAUUCACAGUGAUGUCAAGAUCCCAGAUGACACUCCCAUCGUAGACAUAAGCACCUCUGCUGAGCUGAUGUGAACCCAUGGAAGAGGAUUCAGAAGUGAAUGGAUUUUUUUCUGUGAAACGCCCUAAACCCCUUACAGGAACGACCCGCGAACAUAAUGUUUUUUUUCCCCCCUCAACUUCAGUGGCCUUAUAAAGACCAAGCUUUGUUUUUGUUCAUCUUCAUAUAUUUUUUGGUGGUGCCAAAUGAACUCUGGAACAAAUUGCUGUCUUGUCAUUUCCACAAAACUACAUAUUGAUACAUUUCUGACUUUUGAUACUUAUAUGCACUCAGUAAGUGUGAGGGCAAGGAGUAUAGGGGCUCAAAUAGAUACGAGUGCAUUGUUGGACAACGGAGAUCUUCCUCUAUGCAAAUUCACCAAACAGAAAUUUCUUUAAGAGAAAGUUACCAUUUUAAAAGCCCCUACAGAAAAAUUGAAGUGUGCAAUUUCAUAAUGAUCAUGAGCAAAGGGGAGAGUCAAAGCUUUUUAACAAUGGAUAUGUGAGUGUACAGUUAAUGCAAAAAGACAGGCAAGGGACAGUAGCAAUGGAUCUAAAGAUGGAGACAGGAUAUGAUUAACACUAGAGCAGGACAAGUGUCCACUGAACAUACAUGUCUCAACAUACUCAUGUUUGGAUUUUACAAUAUUCCUCUAAAAGAAGCAGAGGAUGAUUUUAAUUAGUGGCUUGCUUGUGAAAAUAAAAAAAUAUU